AUGGAUCCGCCGGACGACGGGAGUCACGGCAGCAGCGAGAGGCACGAGAUCGUCGUCGACGCGCCGGAGCCGACGCGGCUGAUGGACUUCAUCCCCAUCUACAUUCCGACGGUGGAGAAGGGCGCGCUGAGCAGGAGCCUGCGCAAGAGGCGGUUCCUGGACUUCCUCCGCGCACGCCCGUCCAAGGACUGGUUCCUGCGGUCAACCUUCGUCGGCCGCCUCCGCCGCAGGAGCCAGAUCACGUCCAGGGAAGAAGAAGAAGACCAUGACGACUCCGACGAGAACUAUGGCGAGUGCCGGCUGCGGAGGCGGGGCCGGUUCCGCGUGCCGUUCGUGCGGAAGAUCAAGUGGGGCAAGCUGUGGUCCUCCGCGGCGAGGUGGUGCAAGCGGCCAGCCAACUUCGCGAUGAUCAUCUGGCUGGCCUUCGUGGCCGCGGGGCUGCUGCUGCUGUUCCUGCUCAUGACGGGGAUGCUCGACGGCGCCAUCCCGCAGGACGCCAGGCGCAAGGACUGGACGGAGGUGAUCAACCAGAUCCUCAACGCGCUCUUCACCAUCAUGUGCCUCUACCAGCACCCCACCAUCUUCCACCACCUCGUGCUGCUCCUCCGGUGGCGCCCCGACGGCGACCGCGACGAGGUACGGAAGGUGUACUGCAAGGAUGGGGCGCCGGCCGAGCCGCACGACCGCGCGCACAUGUUGGUCGUGGUGGCGCUGCUGCACAUCACCUGCCUGGCCCAGUACUUCUGCUGCGCUCUCUUCUGGAGCUACUCGCGCACCGACCGGCCGGACUGGCCGCUCAACAUCGGCUACGGCGUCGGCACCACGUUCCCCGUCAUUGCCGUCAUCUACAUGGCGUACAGCCCAUUGGGUCACAAGCAGCAUGGCACGGAGUCGUCCCCGGGCGAAGAGGCGCACGGGGUUCACAGCGGGGAGAACGACGGCGACGUGGAGAUCAGGGUAUACAACCGGUCCGUGGUGGUGGGCAGCCCGGAGUGGAGCGGCGGGGUGUUCGACUGCUGCGACGACGCGACGGUGUGCGCGCUGUCGGCUACGUGCACGUUCUGCGUCUUCGGCUGGAACAUGGAGCGCCUCGGGUUCGGCAACAUGUGCGUGCACACCUUCACCUUCAUCCUGCUCUGCAUCGCGCCCUUCCUCGUCUUCAGCGCCACGGCGCUCAACAUCCACGACCACGACAUCCGCCUCAUCGUCGUGGCCGUGGGCGUGCUCCUGGGCUUCUUCGGCUUCCUCUACGGCGGCUACUGGCGGAUGCAGAUGAGGAAGCGGUACAAGCUGCCGGCGAGCGGCGACCGCGGGCAUGUCUGGGCCGCGGUGGGCGACUGCGCCAAGUGGCUCUUCUGCUGGAGCUGCGCGCUGGCGCAGGAGGUGCGCACGGCCAACUUCUACGACGUCGAUGACGAUCGGUUUGUCGUCCACGGCGCGCGCAACGAGGAUGGCCGCGCCGUGCUGAUGCCGCUGCCACGGGAGGCGUCGGCGACCUACUUCCGGAGCAUUUCGUGCCCGCCCAAGAUUGACGCGAUGGUGGCAAUGAGUGACGGCGACAUGAGCUCGCCGGUUGUGCAGAUGGGCGACAUUGCCAUGGAGAGGUCGGCCACGUAUAACGGCUACGGCGCCAAUCUUGAUCGCCAACAUGCCAUGAGGCCGCCUCUGCCUACGCUGAUACAAAUGGACAGGGAAGACUGA